GUAAAAUACCAACAAAUGGCUUCUGGACCUGCCCCUGGUGACCGUUCCAGGUUUGCCAAACUAGGUAUGGCAAUUAACGAAGAAUUGACCCAGGCCUGUAGAGAUGUCUUAGAAAUGGAGGUACCUCCUGGUCUUGUCUACAACAAAGUGAAGUCAUCAUCGAUUUAUAAGAAAAUACGCCCCGAGCAAGAACUUUACCUCUUAGGCGCAAAAACAGAUGGUUAUAAAGAAUUUGAUAUUACAUUGUUAUAUACACUGAUAAGAAACAUAUGCACAAAGGUUCCACUUCCAACAAAGGGUUGGGGUGGAAACACGAUGCCGUCAGUCGGAGAAACAACGAUCGGCGACGACAUUGAGAGGAUCAGGAUGAUAAGAAACAAAAUGUCUGGACACAUCAGCUCGGCUUCUAUCCCACAGUCAGAUUUUGAUGACACGUGGUCUCUCAUAAUUGAUAUCUGCCAAAGACUGCAAACGUACACAAAGAAGGACUACAUGUCUGGACUGAGUAAUAUUCAAAGUCAGGCCUUGGAAGAGGAGUACGAAUUAACAGUCAUAGAAAAACUUAAAGAGGAUUAUAAGAAUAACCAAUGUGUGAUGGAAAAGAUAUCUUCUUUAGAACAGGAUAUGCUAGAACUGAAAACGAAAUCCGAAAAUAAAGAGAACCCACUGGUAAAAGAAAUUCUUGACAACUGGAAAGAAGAUGACAUUGCCUUCAUUCCUACAAGAGCAAGUGAAGUGGUUGAGGAAAAGCUUAAACGUCAUAACCUAAUCACUGUGGUUGGAAAUUCUGGCUCCGGAAAAUCUGCAAUAAUUCAACAUAUUGCACUCAUAAUGAAAGAGCGGGGAUGGAAUGUCAUGCCGGUGGAUAAGGUGAAAGAGAUUAAAAAGAUAUGUUCUUCCAAAGUCUCAGAUCGUAUAUUAUUUGUAUUCAAUGAUCCUUUGGGUAAGGAAUCUUUAGAUGAAAUUUUAUAUCAUUCAUGGAAAAGUUUAGAGAAAACGCUGGAGAUUUGCUUGAAGAAAAAUAAAUUAUUGAUAUCAUGUAGAAGAUGCGUAUUUUAUGACAAGAGAGUCAAGGGUAAUUUAUUGGACGAAUCCACUGCAAUAGAAAUUGACAACAAAACAAAUGGACUGACUGUUAAAGAGAAAAAAGCGAUUUUUAAUAAGUAUUCACAGGAUCUGGAUUUAUCCAAAGACGUUGUUUCCGAAAUAAUCAAAACAGAAGCUUACUUCCCAUUGCUUUGUAAGCUCUUUUCAAGGGAGGCAAACUACAAAGAAAAAGGGGUUAAUUUCUUUAAACAUCCGUACAGAUUUAUUAAAAAGGAAAUUGAAGUUUGGAAGAAAACAGACAAGAAAAAAUUUUGCUCUCUUAUCUUGUUAGUAGCUUUUAAAAACAAGUUGAAAAUAGAAAGUAUCUUAAAAGAUGGUAUUUCUGUGAUGAAAUUUAAGGACAUUUUAGGAAUGUGUGAGCUACAAGAGAACACACACAUUUCAGUCAUUCGUAGUACUCUACAUGAACUGAGAGGAUCUUAUGUCAAACGUGUCGGAAAUGCCUUCCAAUUUCUUCACGACUUUAUAAUGGAAAUAACGACUCUGGUGUUUGGAGUUGAUUGUCCACAAGAGACGAUACGAUACGCUGACAGUGGUUUUCUUAGACGUCGGAUGAAGAUUGAAGACGAUACAAAAGAGGAAGAUCGUGAUCCCUUCACUGUUUACCUUCCUGAAGAGUACACUGGCGAUCUGGUGGACAGGUUUAUUAUUGACAUGCAAACAGAACACCUUGUAGAUGUUCUACUCAAUCCAUGUUUAAGGGAAGAAAAUGUUAUCAAAUCUUUUAAAGAAAAGAUGGACUCGCCGAGAAAGCUUCUUGUAAAAAUUAAAUGUGAGAAAGACAAAUCGGAAUUUAAAGAAUCAUUUGGAAGUGUUGUUUUCUCAAGACUUGAUUUCCUUUAUUUGCAAGAUGAAAUAUGUCCUUUGGUCGGACUAAUCGUAUUUUGUCAUAAUGAAAUUUCUUCAUUUUUCUUAAAAGGUAUCCCUGAAAUAAAGUUGAUGGAAUACCCUAUAUUCUCUGCUCUGUGUGCAAAUGGCAAUUUAAACUUAAUGAAUUAUCUCUGCAAUGAAUAUAAACGAGCAGUAAUGAUUGAAUCAUGGGGCGAAAUGUUACCAAUUCAUGUUGCUUCAAUAUUCCAUAAUUUUUUAAUUAUUGGGGAAUUGGUACGACUCGGUGCAGACGUAAGCAAGUUCAUCAGUAACGACUGGAAUGCAUUACUAUUAGCUGCUAUGAAUGACGAAAAACACUUGAAGGAAGCUGGAAUAAAAACGGACACAAGUGAGGGAGAAAGACGGAAUGCAUCCAUUAUUUGCUUAAUGAAAAAUGAUGCCGACAUAAAUUUAUGUAAUAAUGAUGGAGUCAGUCCUCUUUAUAUAGCUUGUCAAAAUGGACAUGAUAGCACGCUACAACUAUUACUGAACAACGGUGCCGACAUCAAUUUGUGUACCAACGAUGGAACCAGUCCUCUUUAUACAGGUUGUUAUGCAGGACAUGAAAGAACAGUACAGUUGUUACUGAACAACGGUGCCGACAUCAAUUUAUGUAAAAAGAAUGGAAGAACUCCCCUUUUGAUAGCUUGUAUUAAUAGACAUGAUAGCAUAGUGCAACUGUUACUGAACAACGGUGCUGACAUCAAUUUAUGUGAGAAGAAUGGAAACAGUCCUCUUUAUUUUGCUUGUUAUGAAGGACAUGGAAUCACGGUACAAUUGUUACUGAACAACGGUGCCGACAUCAAUUUAUGUAAUAAGAAUGGAAACAGUCCCCUUUAUAUAGCUUGUCAAAAUAGACAUGAUAGCACGGUGCAGAUGUUACUGAACAAUGGUGCUGAUAUCAAUUUAUGUAGCAAAAUAGGUCUCUCAGUCGGCAAGUCGGAGCAUCACCAUGUGAAUCAAAAAUCUCCAGAAGGACUUUAG